CCAAGACCGAGGCGAACAAGACCGAGUCGGACUGCGUACCGUGAUAUCUCGAAGUCUGCACGGAAGACAUCAAGCAAUCAUUCACCUGCAUCCACACCGGGCGUAUAUUCGUUUCCAUUCGCAUGCGUCGCAGUCUCCACCGAUUGCCAUACACCACGCCCAAUAAGUAUGCCAUCGCCAAGGCCCACAAGCAUUGGCGUUCCGCGGGCCCCACACGCCACGAGGACUUUCACGCGCCAGGUAAACGGCAUGCUAAGAGAAAUGACGUCCAUCCCAAGUGUUUUGGAUGCGAUAGACAAGACAUUCAUGGACAGUGCGGUUGCUUCUUCGUGCCGGACACGCGGUGAUGGGAGGUCGCGUGCGUGCCGGCAUGCGAGACCAACGAGGUUAUAGAUUGGCAUGCCCGCGCCGACCCUGCUGAUACAGCUCUCUCUCCAAGUCCCUGUUUCAGCAUUUCUGGACGAACAACCUACUUUCAUCUUUGAUCACAAUGGCUCAGCGGACGCAUGAUUAUCCGAGCCAUUCGGACGGCAUUGACCAUCGCCGCGAGAAAUACGACAGCGAUUCAGACGGGAAGCUCGGGGAUGCCCCACCAUAUCCCACAAACAGAGAUGGGGAAACUGGAGAAGUGUACGAUCCAUAUGGAGGCAAGAAGUUGGGCAUGGUUCGAACGACCUUGAUCUUCUUCACGAAUCAAGUGGGCAUUGGAAUUCUCAGUCUGCCCAGCUUCCUGCACACAGUCGGCCUGAUACCAGGAAUUAUUGCCAUCAUCGCUCUCGGAGUCCUCGCGACCUACACGGCUUAUAUUCUGAUCCAGUUCUGGCGUCGCUAUCCUACCAUCCGAGAUGUCGUUGACGUGGGUCGAAUCAUGGGAGGGCUGCCACUGGAAAUUAUUGUAGGACUCGCGCAUGUUCUAAACUUGUGCCUGAUCUGCGCUUCAUCCAGCGUGACGCUAUCUAUUGCGCUCAAUACAAUGUCGGAACACGCCCUCUGCACAGUCGGCUUCAUCGGGAUACCGAUGGUCAUGGGAUGGCUGCUAUGCUUCCCUCGCAGCUUGAACUUCGCUGGCUGGUUCGGUAUCCCGGCCACUAUCAGUAUCUUCGCUGCUGUCAUUAUCGUUAUGGCCGCCUUGGGCAUCAAUGGUCCGGACGUCACUGGCUCGAGUCAAGGCGGAUCUGGCUUUUGGGGUGAACCACCAAACGAGCCACUUAUGAUACUCCUGGGCCCAAAUCCAAGGACCGAUUUCAAGCAACAAUUCGAUGCUACACUGAAUGUUGCCUUUGCGUAUGCGGGCAAUCAAGCCUUCAUCACAGUUAUCUGCGAGAUGCGCAACCCCAACAAGGACUUCACCAAGGCCGUCAUCUGGCUCAACGCCCUCGCGAUUCCAAUGUACGUCAUUGUUGCUGGUGUCAUCUACGGUUUCGCAGGACAGUAUGUCGUCUCCCCAGCUCUUGGAUCCGCGCCCGGUACAGCCAGCAAAGUCGCAUACGGCGUACUCUUCCCGACAUUACUCGGUUCCAGUCUGGUAUUCGGCCACACCGCCAUCAAAUACAUGUACAACGUCGUGAUGGAUCGCAUCAUCAAGACUCAGCACAAACUGACAGACAAUACGCCUUUGACUUGGGGAGUCUGGCUCGGUCUUACCACUGCCUUCUGGGUCGUGGCAUUCAUUUUGGCAAAUGCAAUUCCUGCCUUCGGUUCGAUUUUGGGUAUCACUUCGGCUCUAUUCGUGACGUGGUUCACGUUUGGUAUGGCGAAUGCACAGUGGGUGUAUAUCAACUGGGGCCAGCAAUUCUCGACUUGGAGGAAGAGUUGUUUGGCUGUGUUGAAUUGGUUUAUGAUUGCUGCAUCUUGUUUCUUGACUGUCUUUGGAUUGUAUACUACGAUCUCGGCUUUGGCUGCGAGGGUCGCGGAUCCGGAUGAUCCUCUGAAUGUCUUUACUUGUGCGAACAACGCACUGUUCUAGACAUGGAAUUCUAGCUUGCACGGUCGGUCGCAUUCGGUUUUCGUAUAUAUACAGUAUAUAUACGGCACCUUCUAGAAGAGUGUCGGAUGUUGCUCGGAAGCGAACCCGAAAGUCAACCUCCUCAAGUAAUUUCCCUUCCCUGCUCUUCUGCUCUCCUCCUUCCCUCUUCCCCCUCUUCCUCCAAUUUCUCUAUCACUGCUACGGCAACCAUCACGGCCUCCGGAGUUGAUCAAGUCAUCGCGCUAUGGUAUCGAACCGCUAAUUUGCUCUACCACAAGAACCACGUCAAGCCCGAAAUGGACCCCAACAUUUCUCCGGCGGCGCCGGAUGACAUGCAAGAAGCUCCAAUCUUCGAUUUACCUCCGGAACUUGUCCAUUCAAUAUUCGAAC